CUUCUAGACGGGCGUAUGGGUUUUAUGGAGAUGUUGUUGUAUUCGAUACCACAUUCAACACGAAUCGAUACGACUUGACAUUUGCACCAAUGUUGGGAGUUAAUAACCAUGGUCAGACAAUUGUCUUAGCAUGCGCAUUUUUGAGCAAGGAAACGACUGAGUCGUUUGUUUGGAUGUUUGAGGAGUUUAAGAAAGCCAUGCCAGGUGGGGAACCUAAAACGAUCAUUACAGAUCAAGAUGCGGCAAUGGCCAUAGCGAUUUCAAUAGCCUUCCCGACUACAUUUCAUCGACUUUGCAUAUGGCACAUCACAUCAAAGUUCUCUGUUAAGUUACCACAUUCUGCUUAUAAGGAGUAUUGGCGUGAAUUUCAGAAAGCCAUAUGGGAUACUGACAAUAAGGAUGAGUUUGAUGCAAAAUGGAAUAUUGUGGUUACAAAGGCUGGUUUGACUGACCAUCCAUGGCUAAGUACAAUGUCUCGACUUGCUUCAGAUGUGGUUGAGGAUGCAUUAAUGAGUGAAGAAGGAUGUGAGCUACUGUCAGAGACUCUAAAAAGUUUGCAAGUGAAGUUGAAGACAUCACCGUCGAACAAUGACGAAUCAACUCCAAUAGAUCGUAGUGACCCAUUAUUCGACGAAUUUGACAGGAUGCACGGACCAACUGAAUGA